AAUUAGAUUCCAAUUCAUCACUCCAGAAAGACUACAAUUAAUAGCAAAUUGCACUUGUUGAUAUUCUUCCUUGUCGAAUUCUUGUUAUUUAUUAAUAUUUUUUUUUUUUCUUCUUUUAACCGUCAAAAACAUCACAGUCUCGUCCAUCAUGAGUGAUGCGAAACUGGCCACCGACCAUGCUUUGGAAAGGCCGGAUGCCGACAGUCGGCCAGAAAGCACCUUGACAAAAGAGGACAUCAACAGCCCUGCUGAGAGCAGCGACGGCAAUGAAAAGGGUGAAGAGGAUGAGUACCCAAAAGGGUUCAAGCUCGCUGCCGUUGUGCUUGCUCUGAUUUUGAGUGUUUUCCUUGCUGCUCUUGAUAUGACAAUUAUUGCAACUGCGAUUCCUCGAAUCACAGACCAGUUCCACAGUCUCGAUCAAGUCGGCUGGUACGGUUCGGCGUUUUUCCUGACCGUUGCAUCAUUUCAAUCCACCUGGGGCAAAGCAUACAAAUACUUUCCUCUCAAGCCCUCGUUCAUCCUGACCAUUCUCAUUUUCGAACUUGGAAGUUUGAUCUGCGGUGUCGCCAAGGACAGCACAACUUUGAUUGUCGGACGCGCCAUUACUGGUCUUGGUGCAGCAGGUGUCAUUUCCGGCGCAUACACAAUCAUUGCUUUCACUGUUGAGCCGGCAAAGCGACCUGCUUUUACUGGUAUUCUCGGCGCGACCUAUGGUGUUGCCAGUGUCAUUGGACCUCUUCUUGGAGGUGCUUUCACCGACAACGUCUCCUGGCGGUGGUGCUUCUACAUCAACUUGCCUAUUGGUGGCAUCUCUGCAGUCCUAAUCUUUCUCCUCUUCUCCACGCCCAAGACCGCUCGUCCCGUCGAGGCCACUCUCCUUGAGAAGUUCCUUCAGAUGGACCUUUUCGGCACCUUUACCAUCUUGGCUGCCGUUGUCUGCUACCUUCUCGCUCUGCAGUGGGGUGGCACGACUAAGGCUUGGAGCUCUUCCGAUGUCAUUGGUACUCUUGUUGGCUUUGGCCUCAUCACCAUCCUGUUUGUCAUUGUCGAAUGGUUCCAGGGUGACCGGGCGCUCCUUAUGCCCCGUCUCCUCAAAAAUCGCACUAUUGCCGUCGGCUGCGCUUACGCCUUCUUCUUGGGCGGCUGCUUCUUCACCCUGCUGUACUACCUGCCCAUUUACUUCCAAGCCGUGAGCGGCGUAUCCGCCGCGCAGAGUGGAAUCCGCAACCUUUCUCUGGUUCUCGCGUGCACCAUUUUCACCGUCAUGGCCGGUGGCUUGAUCACUGCUUUUGGUCAUUUCGUACCCUUCCUCAUUCUCGGCGGCGUCUUCACUACUGUUGGAGCGGGCCUGAUCUACACUCUCGGCAUCGGAUCCGGCCACUCCCACUGGAUCGGAUACCAGGCUAUUGCGGGUAUCGGCAUCGGUCUUGCCAUCCAGACACCCGUCAUUGCCGCACAGGCCAUUGUCGAACCGUCUGACAUUUCCUCUUCCACUGCUAUGACUUUAUUCUUCCAAACCAUCGGUGGUGCCUUCUGCGUUUCCGCCGCCCAGUCCGCAUUCGCAAACAAGCUCCUGCAACGCAUCCUCGUCACCGCCCCCGAAGUCAACCCAGCCCUCGUCCUCGCCACUGGCGCCUCGGAGCUGCGCAAAGUCUUUGACCCAGCCCAGCUUCCCGGCAUCUUGACGGCCUACAUGGAUGGCCUGCACGUGACGUUUGCUCUGGCGAUUGCCCUCGCGGGCCUCACGGUGCCGAUUAGUUUGUUGUCCAAGUGGGUCAACAUUAAAGGCAAGGCUACUGCCGGUGGUGCGGCUUAGUGCCCUUACACCAUCAUUGUCUUGUUUUGUUUUGUAUCUGUCUUGUCCACCAUCAAGCGAUACCAUGCAUUACACACAGCGGUUAUCGAUUAUGACUUAUGACUUUGUCAUCAUUUUCUUUCUCUUCGCUCCUCUCCCCUCCCUCUUUGGGCACACUGCAUGGCAUUUAUAGAUUUUUUUUUUUCUUCCUUUAGAUUGUGUUAUCCGGCGCAUCUGGGCGCACUGUACAGCAACACUGGGACUCAGGGCGUGGUCGCAUUAUGGAAUAGCUGCAUAGCGUUUCGUUGUCUAGACUAGAUGCAUUUCGGCAUUGCCGUUUACGGUUUACGGUUUGCCAUGCCGUGCCGUACUGGGUACAUGUGCAUUCGAUACAUUACGCACAUAGAGACAUAAUAUGUAAUAUAUAAUUUAUCACGAG